AUGUUCAUAGGCCGUUGCACGGGCGGGCAUGUGCAAUGGGCUGCUACACUUUUGUUUCGGUGGUGGAAACGCGGCAUGUUUGAUGUGAGUCUUGGCAAGCAGAGGAGGUAUAGAAGCAAGUCCCGAAGUGGCAGACGACCCGCGUCGACGACGUGUGGUCGAGGCGACGGGUUCUUUUUGCAUGCCGUGGACCGUCUGGUUUCACGGAGUGCGAUGGGGGCGAGUGCAGAUGGAGAUGGAGGGAAAGCGGAAAAGAAGAGCAGGCCGGGGAGCAUGUCGUGCGCGGGCCCUCGCCCAGGGGCCUUAGCGCGGGUGGCGGGGCUGGGCGAUUGA